GAAUUUGGAUGAAACGAGGCUGUAGGUGGAGAUGCUGACAAUGUCCAGUCUGUCCGGUAAACGGACCCCUCCUUUUUUCCACCUUUUCACCCUUCUGCUCCACCACCCUCUCACACUACCUCUUCUACACUGAGCCCCUGGUCUGGACUUAGCAGUGAGACGCCUGAACAGCUCAGACAACAUGGCCUUUUACAGAUGCUUCAGCACUGAGUCCAGAUUUCUCUUCCUCAUGGUUUUUGCCCUGUGUGUGGCUUUUGUACGUACAGAAACUGUGGCUGAUGCUUCUCCCACGCUACAUAGCGAUAACCAGGGCACACACUCCGGAGAUGAUGGAACAGAUGUGGGCCCAGUCACGACUAAAGACCCAACUCCAGACCUGACACAAACCCCCUUCAUUAUGUUUUACACUGACAACAUGGACACCACGACAAUGGAGGAGGAAGGUGUCCUUGGUCCAGGUGCCAUCACAGCCAUUGUUAUCGCUGUGUUCCUUGGCGCAUCUGUUCUCCUUGCCCUCGUCGUCAUCACACUCAGAAAAUUCACUGCCUCUUAGAACAUGAUGACCACCUGUUUAUAACCUCUAUGUCUGUCUCUGUCUCUCUCUUUGUCUCUCUCUCGCUCUCAUGCACUCACUCAUGCUUGCGUACACAC